CCAAGUAACCCCAAUUUUGGUAUAUCUGUCUUGCCAAGGAGAAACUGUUUCCACUUCACAUCUAUACAAAAUUGCAUCUAGAGGUGAGGAAAAGAGAAAGGGUUUUCAUGCCUCUUGAGAGUCGAAAUUCACCUCAUGCAGGUGAAAUUCUUCUUGGAGCUGACUCCAGGAUGUACUUCCAUAGUGCCAGAUAAAUCCCAGUGUCAGGUCCUGCCCUGAAUUCUUAAUCUUUUUGUGAACCACUCUCACCUGGAUUGUUAGCUGAGCACUGCCCAGUUCAAUUGUACUCAGGCACUUGAUUUCAAGGGAAGCCUGUGCCUAUAAAUUCCAGCAAUUGGGAAAGGAUGACUUGCUACUUGAAGGCUUGGCUGCAUUAGAGGCUAAGUGAGGGUCGCUCUCUCAGGGCACUUUUGUAGCCGGCUGCUUUCAGAGGGAGAACUGUGUCAAAGCAGCCCUUUUGAGUGAUGGGACAGCAAACCUUUGCAAGUGCAGCUCUUGUUUAAAAUGAAGGGCCGAGUUAAUCAGCAGUGAUGGAGAGUAGGCUGAAGAUUUUACAGAAAAUUUCUUCUUCCUUUUAGCCAAAUGCCAGCGAGGCGUCGUACAAUGGAAGUGCGCAUGAUAUCAAAUUGUAUAACCCACUUGGAGGUUUGCAGGCAAAUAUCAGAGAGGCAUGGUCCAAGGAAGAGGAAGUGGAGAAAGGCAUUAAAAGUUUGACCUACAUUGAAAGAUUGAAGGAGCGUGUAAAGAAAGUGAAAAUACCAGAGCUCAGGAGAGCCCCAUGCAGCUCUCCAGAUCUUGUGCCUGAGAGGAAGAGAACGAUGCCCACGAACCCUGCCAAAUUCUUCCAGAGACUUUCCAGGACUGUUUCACAACGACCCAUCAGAGACAGGGUAGCCAACCUGGAUGCAAAUGAGAAUUCUUUCAGCCUGAAGGAACAUUUCUUUAAAGACAUCCAGGAAGAUUGGCCUGGCUACACUGAAAGAGAUAGACAGACAUUGGAGGUGACCCUUUCUCGAAAACCAACUCCAUCUCAAAAUGCCACCAGCACCAGCCAGUCACCAUCUCUGGGACCUUCUGAAGGAGAUACUCCACUCAGAACUGCUCAGAAACGGCCUCUGGCUUCUGACUUUCUCAGUCCUGUGAUGGGCAAAAAGCAGAGGAUUGACCAAGAGCCCAGUGAUGUCCAGCCAGCAGCUGGUGGCCACUCUCCUUCUUUCUUGGACCUGCCUUCCACAUCCUGUUCAACUUUCAACCCAUCUCCAAUUGUCAGAUUGAUUUCAACUUCCACCCCGGAAGAACAACAGAAAAAUAAGUUUCAGACACAUUCUGGAUUCCCAGUGUCUGCCAGGGUGCAGGGGAAGACUCCCAAGUCCAAGGGAGAAGAAGCAGAGGUCAGAGGAGCCCAACAGAACAAUCCAGGUCCUGUGCCUGAGAAGAAGAGGAUGGUGCCUGUGAGACUUGCAGACAUCGACUGGAGCGGCUGCGCUGCUGUUUACGGCCGACCCUACAGGGACAGGGUGAUUCAUCUGCUUGCUCUGAGGGAUUACAAGGAGCCAGAGUUACUUGCUCGGCUGCAGAGAGAUGGAGUCAGGCCAAAGGACAAGGACUCCCUUGGAAACAUCCUUCAGCAGGUAGCCAACCUGAAUGCAAAGGAGAAUUCCUUCAGUCUGAAGGAACAUCUAUUUCAAACCCUUCAGACUGAUUGGCCUGGCUACAGUAAAAUCGAAAGAAAGAGUUUGAAGUUAAUACUUUCUAGAAAAUCAGCUCCAUCUCAGAACUCCACCAGCAGCAGCCAAGCAACAUCUCCAAGGCCUUCUGAGACAGAUGCUCCAGCAAGACCUGCUCAGGUAUUUUGUGCAUUUUUAACAUUCUGCACUGUGUAUUACAUUUUAGCAGACUUGCUGGUGAUGUAAAAGCUGUGAUGGGAAUGUGCAGGACCAGGCCUGGGCAUGUUUUGCCACACACUGCUGUGACCUCAAGCUUGUGAUAAGAAGAGAGGAUCCAGCAGGGGUGGAGCAGCAUUGUCCUGAUCCAACUUUCUACUCUGCCUGGAGACUUGAGCUCAGUCCCCACCCUCAACUCAUGCCCUGGACAAGGGCUCAAAGUUCUGGCUCUGCUUGUGUGACAGAAUUGCAUGAAAAAUCUCCUGUGCAUAAGAGGCUGCACCAGGUGGGGCAGAUGGGGCCCUCUUGCUCUCUUCUCCCUCUGUCUCUCUGUCACUGUCAUUGUUGACCCCACCUCCGCACUAUCCACAUGGCUGGACAAACACAGCACCUACGGAAUGGUGCUAUUCCCUCACUCUCUCCUCUGCCUUAAUUUCUCUCCUCCCUCCCUCUGCCUGGGCACAGCACGGCUGUCCUGUUCUACUCCAUCCCUGGCCCUGAGGUUUGCUGUGCCUGUGGGGAGUUUGUGGCCGUGUGUUGUGGCUCGUGAGGCAGCACCUUUGAGAAGCUCCUUGGGAGGAGCUGAGAGAUGACUGAAGGGCCCUGAGCAACAUCAAGGGCUCGUUGGUAACCACUUGUGAAACUCUCUUGUACAAGUUUAAAGACUUGUUAGCCAACAGCUUUUGAGUCUGCGGAGUGGGUAAGCCUGCUGGAUUUAAGACAGCUGUAGCUAAAUGCACAAGAGUUUCUGGACAUGUGACUGGUGUCUGUGUUCAUCCUGAUGAGAAUUCACAACCAACCAUAACAUCCUGUACUCAGGGGUUGUAAUAGUGAAGCAUUAAUCUUGUUUUUAAUGCAUAAAACUCUAAAACAGCCAUGUUCCUCUGUAACAAAUUAUGUGGGUGUUUGAUAGCAAAAGCUGAGUCUUUUCCUGGUGUGUGCAAGCAGUAAUUGGGACCUAGUCAAAACUUACCUGGCAUCCCCAUUCUGGGGAGGCUUUGCUGGAGCUGCUGAAGGGAGUGUCUACUUCCCAAAGCCUUUUAGCAGUAGACUUGGAGAAGGACUUGCUAAGUGCUAAGACGAGAAAGUAGGAAUGCAGCAGAGCAGAUAUUUACCUGCAGGUCUUCCAGGUUUGACAGUUAUUUUUAAUUUCAAAUGGUGCAUUUUAAAACUUUGCCAAUUCACAGAUGCUUCUUUUUUAGAAUGGAGAGCAAAACCUGAUUGUGAUCAUAGAAGAAUGAAUUAUUUUGUUUUUGUUGCAGAAACGGCCUCGGGCUUCUGGCUUUAUCAGUCCUGUGAGGAGCAAGAAGCAGAGAACUGAGCAGUAGCCCAGUUACCUCCAGGCAGCAGCUGGUGGCCGCUCUUCUUCCUGGGUGCUGGCUUUGACAUCCUAUUCUACAGGGAUGUCAGAGCCAUCCCCAUGGAAUGGGAUGUCAAAGCCAGCACCCUGCCUCCAAGUCUGGGCUCCAUUUCCCUGCACCCUUUAGGUUAAAAAAAAGACAAAUACUGGAGUUCUAGAAUGCCAACAUUUGUGUGGAGGACUGCCAUAUCCAAAAAGAUGUGAAGAGAGCUGGGGAGGCUGAAGCAGUAGUGUCCCUUGGAUUUCAAUGAAGGAUAGCCCCAGCUACUCUGAGAUGAAGAGCAGGUGCCAGCAGCUCCACAAAAAGCUGUCCCACAUUCAGCAAUGAAUAUCUGAAUUUGGCAAGCAGCAAGUCCUGGAGUCCUGGCACCAGUCUUCUGCUUCAGCAAAGGAACAUCUAUGAGCUCCAGCUGUUUUAUUUUGAAAGAAGAUUAGCUUUUUAGGUUUCUUCAAGUUAGUAAUAAGGAGAUGAUUAUUUGUUAAAAAUGUAGGAUUAGUUAGUCUAAGAUUAGAGAAUUUAGUCUUGAUCUUUAGCAAUAAAGAAGUUGCAUUAUUGUUAA